CCAACUCCAUCUGGCAAUGAGACGAGUAAUUGGUCAGUGUAUUUGAGGUUAUCUUAGAAUGGAAACGUUUCCCUCAAUGUCUCCGGUAUUGAGCAGUGGAAGGCGCGGCCGGGUGGUGGGUGUGGGUGGGGGGGUUGUACAUGGUGACAAUAGAGCGCCCGCCUCCCUACGGCUCCGCCCUCACGAGCAUGCUGUCAAAGGAGUGCUCUCUCCUCUGUUGUCUCAAAAACACACAACUGGCAGUAGCUAAGCCACAGGGUGCAGACAUGACCAUGAUCCAAGACACAACCACACACUCCCAACAACAACGCAGAAAUAACAAUGUUCUUAAAAAUAAACACAAUAUUUCUUGCAAUAAAUUUGAUAUAGGUCAAUGAUAUGCGUUUAUAAUAGUAUAAUAAAUAGUAACUCUAGUAAGACAUGAUUCCUUGCUAAAUAUAUUGUUGUAUUGAUUUGGCUGCGCUGUCGUCUGCAGUCUACCUUUCCAAUCUGACUCGCAAUAGAAGAAGGCACAUAAGCAUGUCCCUUUAAAAGUAAGUUUAUCGUCUACACUGGAAUGAGGUCAGACAUAAAGCUCCUCAUUGAACGCGCUGAUUAUUAUUAGAUUUCUUAUUCAGCCAAUAGGCGCUCGGGAGGCGUGACAUUUGGCGCGAGGAAGGAUGGAGACAGUCGCUGAUUGGCCGGAUUCUAUCGCCAUUCUAUUUGUGCAAAGGGAUAAAGCUGCGAGUGUCUGAAUGUGAAGCUGUUAAAACUCACAUAUCGCAGAUGGCAAGUGGAUGCUAGUGCAAGGCAACAGGGCGGUCUUCCCACAUGGUCCUGAGAGGGAAAGAUAUGCAGACUGACUUCUACCGCUUCAGAAACUUGGAGAGAGCUUUGCAGUAUCAGUGCGCUCACAUAACCAAUGAACUAUUUCACGGCACCAGCAACUGUUACUCGAGCUCAGCAGAAGGGCGCUGUGUAAGCGAGCGACAGCGGGCUGGUACAGCCGCAGAUAGAUCCCAAACAACGAACUUUUCACCCGAGCAGUUCCUGCUCUGGAAAGGACUGUAAACCACUUACAUUCUGCCUCUCAGGGUUGACCUCAUAUCACACAACGAGAACUAAGCACAGUUCGCUCCUCACAUCAGCAGUUUGGAGGACUUCUCUUGAGAGAGCACAUUCUUUCUGACAUUUUUAGCCAUGGUUCAGAGAAGCAGCAGCGCGGAGAACCCUGAGGCUCUGUUCGCCGGGGAGUCUUCCGAUUCCGGAGCUAUGGACCUGGACAUAGCUUCUUCUCCCUCUCCCGGUUCUACUGCUUCGGCUGGGGAUAAAGUAGACCCCGCUUGGUGUAAAACCCCCACCGGUCAUAUCAAGAGACCUAUGAAUGCUUUUAUGGUAUGGUCUCAGAUAGAGAGACGUAAAAUUAUGGAACAGUCACCGGAUAUGCACAACGCUGAGAUCUCCAAACGACUAGGCAAGCGCUGGAAACUCCUGAAAGACUGCGACAAGAUCCCCUUCAUCCGGGAAGCAGAGCGGCUCCGGCUCAAACACAUGGCUGACUAUCCAGACUACAAGUACCGGCCAAGGAAGAAGGCGAAGUCCAGUAGCUCCAAGUCCAGCGGCACUGACAAGCCGGAGAAACCGACUGGCAGCAGCUGCGCCUCUACCAGCUCCAAGCCGUCCUCCAGAAAGAGUGGCGGGUCCAGGUCUGCCAGUAAACAGCACAAACUAGUUCUGAGUAGCGCCAAAGCCGCGGCGUCAGAGCCGCACUCUCCAGCUGUUGCCGCGGACCAUCACUCCCUCUACAAAUCCAGGUCUGUCUCGGCUGCCAAGCAUAUUCCCGAGAAGAAAUCAAAGAGGGUCUACGUGUUUCCAGGAAACGGGGUGAGUCCAUCCUCGGCGGCUGUCCCUGCAAGCCCAACGCUCAGCAGCUCCGCAGAGUCAACCGAGCCGCUGAGCCUUUAUGAGGACGGAACAGCGAGUGGCAAACAAGGCGCCGACUCCCCGCGCAGCGUCUGCUCGGACCAGCACCGCUACACCAGCACGCGGGCACCGUCCCCGGCUCCUUCCGCGUGCCACUCGUCCUCUUCCUCCCAGUCUUCCUCCUCGGACGAGGAGUUUGAAGACGACCUGCUGGACGUGAAUCCUAGCCCUGGCUUCGACAGCAUGUCGCUGGGUAGCAUAAGCUCAUCAGUACUGGACCGGGAUUUGGACUUUCAUUUCGAGUCGGGAUCCGGUUCUCAUUUCGAGUUCCCUGACUACUGCACCCCGGAGGUUAGCGAGAUGAUCUCGGGGGAUUGGCUGGAGUCCACCAUCUCAAACUUGGUGUUCACGUAUUGAACAAGAAAACCGAAGUUGUUGACUUUGCAUUAAAUUCUAAAAAAAAAAAGGGAUUCCGGUGAAGUGCGAUUGUGUUCAUAUACCGAAUGGGUCCCGUGCGAGAGCGGCGGUGAGCGCGCGGCAUGACUGCAUGCCUGCAUUAUGUUUCCGGCAUGACGGACUGGGACGGGGGUCAUGAAGAGGCGGAUGAUAUGAUCCCGGCGGUCCAGAAACAAGAGGAGUGUAUGAGAGUGCGUCCUGAGCCGGACCGAUCCGAUAGGAAAACAUACACUCAAUACGAACUGGAAACUGUGAUUGAUUUGCACGUACACAAGGGCGGGCUCAGGUCGGCUAUUUUAAUCAGUUUUAAUUAAAAGGGACUUGAUAAACUCUU